AUGUCGCCAUCCUUGCCUUAUGCUGCGGAUGUCGAAUCGCCACUCAAACCAGAUGAGCUCCAAGUCCUCCGCGCACAGUACGAGAAGGAGGGAGAAUACGUUGGUCUUCAAACAAAAUUCAAUUAUGCCUGGGGCCUGAUAAAAUCUUCCACGCGAAACGAGCAACAAGAAGGCGUCCGCCUCCUUUCCGAAAUCUUUCGCAACUCGCGUGAACGCCGCCGCGAAUGCCUCUACUACCUUGCCCUUGGGAACUACAAGCUCGGAAACUACGCGGAAGCACGCCGAUACAACGAGCUGCUCUUGGAGCUGGAACCUGCGAACCUCCAGGCGAGCAGUUUGAAGGAUCUGAUUGACGACAAGGUUGCAAAGGAAGGCCUGGUGGGUGCGGCGAUUGUCGGUGGGAUAGCGGUAGCCGCGGGGCUCGUAGGGACCUUCUUGGUGAAAGGAGCGCGAAAGAGAUGA